AUGAUGGAAGAAGGCGACGAUGUGCUCGAACACAUCAACAAGCUCAAGACGCUGGCGGAACAGCUAGAAGCGGUGGGGGCUCCAGUCUGCGAGGACGAUCUGGUGAUCACACUUCUCGGCAGCCUGAGUGACUCGUAUCAAUUCUUGAUCACAGCUUUGGAGUCGCGCUCAGACACUCUUAGCUGGGAGCUCGUGACGUCUCGACUGCUUCAUGAAGAAAUGAAGCGGAAGGAGCAAGGAAGUAAAGGUGAUGAAGCUUCGCAAGGUCAAGCGUUCAUCACAAGGGACAAUCAGCGCAAAGGGCGACCAGUGAAGAAGUCCUGGACGUGCCACAAUUGCGGAAAGAUUGGUCACUGGAUGGCGGAGUGCCCCUCGCGCAUCCAAGAAAACACGGAGAGACACCGGCCACAGCGUGCUCAAGACAGCGGCGACCGCUAUCGAUCACAACGUGCAAACGUCGCUCAAGAAGAAGACUCGGGCGACUACCUCUUUUCGAUCGGUGAAACGACAUCUGCGAAAUCGAGCGACAUCUGGCUGGUCGAAUCCGGGGCGACGCAGCACAUGACGUGCUCCAAGAAGUUCAUGCGGAACUACAAGGGGUUUGACGCUGUGGAUGUCCAUCUCGCGGAUGAUGGAAUCGUCCAAGCAAUCGGCAGUGGGGACAUUGUCAUGUCAAUGAAGACACCCCAAGGGAUGAAGAAAGGUGUGCUCACAAACGUGUGGCACAUCCCAAAGUUAUCCAGAAACCUGUUCUCGGUCGGCCGCUUCACCAAGGAUGUCGGCCCAGUGACGUUCACGAAGGAUGGGUGCUAUGGAGAAGCGAAAGGGACCAAGUGGAAAAUUGGUGCCCGUGAAGGUAAAGGACUGUUCAAGCUGCAAAUGACUCCAGUGGCGCCAGAACAAGCAAAUGCAGCCAAGUCGUCGGGAUGUCAAGGGGGCACCAAGUCGUACCUCUGGCACCUUCGGCUUGGCCACAUAGGUCACGAUGGACUCAAUUGCAUCGUGACGAAGAACAUUGGAAUUGGCAUCGACAUAUCUUCGGUGAAGAAGUGGGACGUGUAUGAAGGUUGUGCUCUGGGAAAACAGACUCGAGUGCGCUUCCAAUCAAACACUACAGCUCGCACCUCCAAACUCCUCGAAGUGAUUCACAGCGACGUAUGCGGACCGAUGUCGAUGGCAACUUUCAGUGGAAAACGGUACUUCGUGACAUUCAUUGAUGACAAGUCAAGAUACUGUGUCGUCUAUCUGCUCAAGAGCAAAUCUGAAGUUGCGGCGAAGUUCAUGGAAUACGCUGCGAUGGCCGAAACGCAAACCGGAAAGCGCGUGAAGUACCUUCAAAGCGACAAUGGGGGUGAAUACAAGUCCGACAAGCUGGCACGAUUCUGCGCGGAACGGGGAAUACAACAAAGGUUCACACCCCCAUAUACUCCUCAGCUAAACGGAGUAGCUGAGAGAAUGAAUCGCACGCUGGUCGAGUGUGCGCGUUGCAUGAUGGAACACGCUGGACUGGGAAAGAGCUACUGGGGUGAAGCAGUGAUGACGGCGAUGUUUCUUCGAAAACGCUGUCCAACACGUGCCAUUCACCAAGACAAGUCUCCAUAUCAAGUGUGGACGAUGAAGAAACCGAUUCUGGCCAACCUUAAAGUGUUUGGAUGCCACGCGUAUGUUCAAGUGCCUCAAGACAAACGCGCAAAGUUCGACUCCAAGUCAUCACUCUGUCGUUUCCUGGGAUACGCCGAACACCAGAAGUCAUAUCGAUUUGAGGAAGUGUCAACAGGAGCGAUCAAGAUCAGUCGCGAUGCCACAUUCAUGGAAGACAAGUUUGAUGAAGGUCCGCGCAACUACAACGAUGAGUCAAGUGCCGUUGAGUUUGAUGAUCAAGACGAGGACGAAGAAAAAGAAGAAGGUAAAACUGACGACGACAUGGACUCGAGCGACGAUGACAACGAAGACACCAGGUCUUCGAAGAGCAACAUCAAGAGACACACGCGCACUCAAUCACUUGAGAAAGCUACCGUCAUUCCAAGUCCCAAGCAAAGAACUGGGGAAACGCCGACUACAUUCAAGUCGGCGAUGGAAUCAAGCGACUCCGGCAAGUGGAAAGAAGCGUGUGACUCGGAGUUUGACUCGCUUCAGAGAAACGACACGUGGGAAAUCGUGCCUCUUCCGAAAGGUCGCAAGGCCAUCGGGUGCCGAUGGGUUUUUCGUGUAAAGGAGAAUCAAGAUGGCGAAGUUGAACGUUUCAAGGCAAGACUUGUGGCCAAAGGAUUCUCACAGAAAUUCGGAGUUGACUAUGAAGAAACUUUCGCACCGGUGGCCAAGUUCACAUCGAUUCGUGUGGUGCUCAGUAUGGCGGCCAAGUACGGCCUAAUGCUACAUCAGAUGUGUUGA